UAAAUGAGCAUCGUAUAUAAUGGCUUCAGUUCAUGCACAGAGGACAGACCCUGCUUGCAACCUUCCUGCAAAGAUGAAGGGACAGACACUGGCGCUUGUGCUGGCCCUCGCUCUGCUGGUGCCGGCUUCUCAGGCCCGUCGCCUUCGGGAUUGGAGGCGGAAGUGGAGGCGGCCAUAACGGCGGCGGUCACCACGGAGGUGGUAAUGGAGGCCACCACGGUGGAGGAGGCAGUGGAGGCCACCACGGUGGGGGAGGCAGUGGAGGCCACCACGGUGGGGGAGGCAGUGGAGGCCACCACGGUGGAGGUGGCAGUGGAGGCCACAACGGUGGAAACCAUAACGGAGGAGCUGGUGGAGGCUUUGGAGGAGGAGCUGGUCUAGGUCAUAACGGAGGUGGAGGAUUCGGAGGCGGCGGGGGAAGUGGAGUAGGAGCCGGAGGAGGAUUUGGAGGCGGCUUUGGGCGCUAAAUUCCCGAUCCAGAGAACCAUCCACGCAACUUCUUCAACAUUCAGCAAAUGUAAUUGGCAAUAAACAAUGCUCACGAGCAAA